AUGAAGUCGCUCACAUUUGCGUCUCUGGCUGCUCUCGCGACCAUCGCCGCAGCUCAAGUCCCAGGCUUUGACAUCUCCGGCUGGCAAGAGUCAACUGAUUUCGCAAAGGCCUACGCCGAUGGAGACCGGUUCGUGUACAUCAAAGCCACCGAGGGAACUACAUUCAAGAGUUCCCUCUUCAGCCAACAGUAUACUGGCGCCACCAAAGCUGGGCUAGUCCGCGGUGCAUACCACUUCGCCCAGCCAGCUUCCUCCUCUGGCGCCGUCCAAGCCGAAUACUUUGCCAAGAACGGAGGCGGCUGGUCCAAGGACGGCAUCACCCUCCCAGGUGCCCUCGACAUCGAAUAUAACCCCAGCGGCGACACCUGCUACGGCCUCUCACAGUCCGCCAUGGUCAGCUGGGUCGAGGACUUCGUGACGGCCUACCACGCUGCAACUACCCGCUACCCUGUCAUCUACACCACCCUCGACUGGUGGACCAAGUGCACCGGCAACAGUCCCAAAUUUUCUGAUCGGUGCCCUCUGUGGGUGGCGCGCUAUGCCAGCGCCGUUGGCGAGAUCCCCGCCGGUUGGAGCUUUCAUACAAUCUGGCAGUAUAACUCGAAAUAUUCUCAGGGUGGCGACUCCAAUACAUUCAAUGGGGAUGAAUCGCGUCUUACUGCUCUUGCUAACGGAGAAUAA